AUGCCACCGUCCCUUCCUGCCACCAUAAACAUCCGGGAGCCCCGCUGGGACCAGAGCACCUUCCAGGGCCGGGCCAAGCACUUCUUCAUGGUGACCGACCCCCGAAACCUGCUGCUCUCAGGGGCCACCCUGGAGGAGGCUCGCCGGGUAGGGCAUGGGCACUGGCAGAGGGUCUCCCAACGGGUGCUACCCUUACUCGGCAGGGCAGGCACGGUACCCCCGGGUCUAACGGAGGACCAGCUUUGGCGGGCGAAGUACAUCUAUGACUCGGCUUUCCACCCCGACACUGGUGAGAAGAUGUUCCUGAUAGGGCGCAUGUCUGCCCAGGUCCCCAUGAACAUGACCAUCACCGGUUGCAUGCUGACAUUCUACAGGAGCACACCAGCCGUGGUGUUUUGGCAGUGGGUCAACCAGUCCUUCAAUGCCAUUGUCAACUACACCAACCGCAGCGGGGAUGCACCCAUCACAUCCAGCCAGCUGGGGACGGCUUACGUGAGCGCUACCACGGGGGCAGUUGUCACAGCACUGGGGCUCAAAUCUCUCACCAAGCACUUGCCAGCCAUCAUCGGCCGGUAUGUGCCUUUUGCGGCCGUGGCUGCUGCCAACUGCAUCAACAUCCCGCUGAUGAGGCAGAGAGAGCUCAAGCUGGGGAUACCCAUCACAGAUGAGAACGGGAACCGCCUGGGAAACGCAGCCCAGAAGGCCAUUUUCCAGGUGGUGGUGUCCCGUAUUGGCAUGGCAGUCCCGGCCAUGGCCAUCCCCCCAGUGAUCAUGAACGCACUGGAGAAGAGAGCUUUCCUGAAGCGGUACCCGUACCUGAACGCUCCUCUGCAGGUUGGCCUGGUGGGACUCUGCUUGGUGUUCGCGACCCCGCUGUGCUGUGCGCUCUUCCCGCAGAAAAGCUCACUGCCUGUGAGCUGCCUGGAGCCUGAAAUCCAAGCUCUAAUUCAGAAGAAAGACCCACAGCUGGAGACCGUCUACUUCAACAAAGGGCUCUGA